GCUACAUGAUAGCAGCAUGGGCUAGAAUUUGCAAGAUUCUAGGGAAAGCAUUUGAACCGUAUUUGCCUUAUGUAAUGGAACCUGUUCUUAAAGCUGCUGCUCUAAAACCAGAUAUUGCAGUUUUGGAUGCUGAUGACAUGAGAGUUAUGGAAAAUGAUGAAGAUUGGGAAUUUGUCAAUGUAGGAGAAAAACAUAAUUUUGGAAUUCGAACAGCAGGUUUAGAUGAAAAGGCUACAGCAUGCCAAAUGCUAGUGUGCUAUGCUCGGGAGAUGAAAGAAGCUUUUGCUCCAUAUAUGGAAGAAACUCUGAAGUUGAUGGUGCCAAUGUUAAAAUUUUAUUUUCAUGAUGGUGUGCGUAUGGCAGCUGGUGAAGUAUUACCAUGUUUGUUAGAGUGUGCAAAAGUCCGUGGUGAUGUUUAUGUGCAAGAGAUGUGGACAUAUAUCAUUCCUUAUCUACUUAAGGCUCUUGAUUCAGAACCUGAAAGUGAAGUCUUGUGUGAACUAAUGGCAGCUUUUGCCCAGUGUAUUGAAAUUGUAAAUAGCCACUGUUUAAACCAUAUACAUUUUGUAAACCUUAUGGGUAUAUUGAAUAAACAUUUGGUUGGACAUUUUGAGAGAGCUGAUAUGCGGGCAGAGAAAAGAAAGGAAGAAGAUUAUGAUGAAGUUUUAGAAGAAACUUUAAUUAAAGAGGAUGAUGAUGAUGUUUAUCUUCUAAGUAAAGUGGCUGACAUAGUGUGCACCUUAUUUGCUGCAUAUAAAGAAGAAUUUUUUGUGUACUUUGAUGAUAUUCUUCCACAUUUUGUAAAACUUUUAGAACCAAGUAGGCCUUGGCCAGAUCGCCAGUGGUCACUAUGUGUAUUUGCUGAUGUAAUAGAGUACGGUGGACCUUUGUGUUCUAGAUAUCAACAGUAUUUCUUACAACCAAUAUUAUUAGCUUUAAACGAUGAAAGUCCUGAUGUUAGACAGACUGCUGCAUAUGCCAUUGGUGUUCUUGCACAGUUUGGUGGUCCUGAUUAUGCUAAAUUUUGUUCUGAGAGCAUUCCUCUUUUAGUCCAGAUGAUAAAUGAUCCUGAUUCUCGAUCUGAAGAGAAUAUCAGAGCAACAGAAAAUGCAAUAUCAGCCGUAACAAAAUUUCUUAGUAAUAUUACAUCUUUAAAUAUGGAAGAAUUGAUUCCUGUUUGGGUUACAUGGUUACCAAUUUGGGAAGAUGAAGAAGAAGCAAAAUAUGUGUAUAAUUUCUUCUGUACCCUUCUUGAAACAAAUAAUCCUUAUCUGCUGGGAAGAGAAAACUGUAAUCUUCCAAAAAUUGUACAAAUUGUUGCUGAUGCCUUUCUUAAAGAGGGGAUUGAAGCUUCAUCAGAUGUAGGAAAAAGAAUUAUUACUUUAAUGAAGGAUAUUCAGAUAAAUGCAGAAUUAUUCACCAUUUGUGUUAAUCAACUAAAUUCUGAACAGCGUGAAGCCUUACAUACAGCCUUAACAGCUCAGUGAAAAUUCAUGUUCAUCUGUUAUUGUUACCGAAAGACUUGAACUCUGUUAUUCAUCAGUGAUGCUUUGUUGUUAAGUUGAAAAUGAAGACCUGCAUUAUGCAAACAUAUAUACUCAAAACAUAAUAUGCAAAAUUUUACUGAUUUUGAAUUAUUCUAUGUAAUGAAUGGAAGUCUAAUUGCACUGCAUAAUUUUUGCCAUUUUUCUGAGGCUAAAUUUAUUUUCAUGAAAGUAAUGUUUUAAAGUAAUUUUAUUUUAUAAAAAUAAUAAAAAGUUGCAAUUUAGCAUUCAAAACAUUUUAUGCAAGUAAAAUUUCUGUAGAAAAGUAGGUAAUUGUGAUGCAUUUUUACUCAUGGAUAACUAAAAGAUCAUCAUUUUGUUUAUUAGCAUGUACACUAUUUACUUUUUGUUAGUCAGAAAAACCUAAACUUUUAAUGUCGAAGCAAAAGAUAGUUUUUCUUGUUCAUAUGCAUAAGGAAAAAAGGCUGGCUUAUUUUUUCUAGCGAAAGCUAAAAUUUGAACUGUAUAUUUUAAUAUCGAUUUAGUUUUGUUAUAAGACAUUUUGCACAGAACAAGCACCUAUUUUGUAAACAUCAGGUAUUGGGAAACAUUCAACUAAUGUGAAAUUAAGGAAUAAUGUUUUGCAGUGACAGCAAAGAGGGGGGAAAAAAAGAAAAGAAAAUCGUGAUUGCUUGAUUAUUGAAAUAUUUUUUCUGUUUUGGCAUGUUAAAUUUAUUCAGUAUUAAAAAUUUUACAGUAAGCCGUUUUUAAAAGUUUCUAAGUGGGAAUUUUAAGCUUGAAAACAGUAUUUUUCUGAAUGCAUCAGUGGAAAAAAUAUUAAUACUAAUGAAACUCAUAACCAUUCAGAAAUUCCAGAAAGAUUGUUUUUAAAUAUUCAAUUUAUCAUAAACUAGAUAAUGGUACAUAUGUUUUAGAAAUUCUGCAGUCUAUUUUCGUUGCCAUAUUUCUUUAGUUAUUCAGUUUAUUUGUAUUUCCUUAUUGUAAGCAGUUAUAAAUGAAGCACAGAAGUAAUUUGUUAUAGCUACAUAGAAAUUUCAUUUUUAUCUGAGAGAGAGGUUUUUAAUAUAAGAAAUGUGAUUCAUAUUCAUCUUGCUUGACAUAUCAAUAAAUACAAUUUUUAUUUA